CCGCUGAACCAUGUAGACUGUGUGUAAUAAACUUAGUGUCUAAAUAUCACAGUGUUUUAUUUUGAGGAUCUGAUACUCAUUACAUGGUGUCAGAAGUAAACGAACGGUUAAAUUUAUCGAAAAGAAAGUGAUCGGUUGCAGUUUAAUUCGCGAAAAAGUCGUCGAUCGACGGAAACGGAAAAAAUUGAUGUGAAGUAAACUGUAAACGACGCCGUGAAAAAAGAAGAUUGCGUGUGUGUGCGUAUUGUCGGCUUACUGUGCAGUGAUCAUUCGAGAAGGAAAAAAAAGAGAUAGAGUGCGAAUUAUACAGCUAGACAUGGAUCGACUACCACCACCGUUGGAUUGUUCGAACCUAGCGAAAGAGUGGCCCAAAUGGAAACAACAACUUAACAUCUAUUUGAUUGCAACAAACAAACACACGGAUCCGGAGCGAAACAAAAUUGCGUUGUUUUUGUGGUUGGUUGGCGAACGUGGUGUGGAGAUAUACAACACCCUUUUUCCCAACACUGGUGAUGUUGACAGUAUGUUUGGGGCCGAAGAAAGUGGAGGAGCCGGAAGAGCUGAUGAUGACGACGCUGAUGGUGGUGCUGCUGAUCCGGAAAACCCUUUACAGAUUAGACAAACGCCGCGAACGCUUGUGCAAGUUAUUGAAGCGUUUGAUGCUUACUGUUUGCCUCGCAAAAAUACCGCCAUGGAAGCAUUCAAGUUUAACAUGAUUGUCCAAAAAGAGAGACAACCAUUUGCAGAUUUCGAAACAGCGCUCCGAACUCAGCUGGCUUACUGCGAGUUUCUGUGCCAAUCGUGCCAUACAUCAUAUGCUGACCGAAUGCUGAGGGAUCGGAUCAUUAUCGGCGUGCAAGACAAAAAACUCCAACUCAAGCUGUUAGAUGGAAAGGAUGAACCAUUGGCGAGGAUUAUAGAAAUGUGCAAGAUAUUUGAAGCAGCCAACGAAAACAAGUUACUUUUGGAGCGAAAGGGUCAACAGGUGGAAGUGCAUCUGGUCGAAAAAACACCUGAAGAGGAAAAAAGUAACGACGUGAAGGAUGUUGCAGCAAUCAAGGCGUCACUAUGUUACAACUGCGGUCAACCAUACAACGGGCGUCAUCGACAGUACUGUCCUGCCAGGAACGAGAACUGUCACGCUUGCGGCCGCCGAGGACACUUCAAGAGGUUUUGUAAAUCAUCCAAGCCAGGAGACGAUCGGAGCGUAGGAGGGAAGCCAUCGGAGAAAUCAAAACGCAGUAACAACACCAAAUUUGUUCAUUCUUUGAACUGGGCUGACACAGAUUCUUCUUUCCUUUUUGGCAUUUGGGUUGCACAACAGGACGUGAAUCGGUACCGGCUGAAAGUUCCAUGUUGAGCUAUGAUUGGU